AUGGCGGCACUCAACCCAACGGACAUCAUCAACGCAGGAGAACAUGUCUUCAUUAAGAUGCCAAGCGACAACGUCAAGUGCAUCGUCCUCAAGGCUGGCAGCUCGGUGUCGUUGGGAAAGUUUGGAACGUUCAAGGCGAACGACAUUAUCGGGCACGCAUGGGGAAACUCGUACGAGAUCUACGAUCGUGACAGCAAGACCCGUGUGUACCACCCAGAGGGUAUCAGCGAAGUCGAGGAGACCGCCAACAAUAACCGCGAGAUUGUCGACGAUCCCACUUCCCAAAAGCUUACUCUUGAUGACAUCAAAGCAUUGAAGUCGGAAGGACUCAAAGGCGAGCUUACUGGCGAGGAAAUCGUGAACAAGCUGAAGGAGAGCCACGCAACGUUCGACAAAAAGACCGCUUACUCGCAGGCAAAGUACCUACAAAAGAAGGGCAAAAAGUUCCACAAGGUCUUCACCCCCAUCAAGCCCACCGCCUACUCCGUCAACGAAUACUUUUACGUCAAGAAUCCCUCAAAGAUCAGAGACAUCCGCAUGGACACCCUCUCCCAGCUACUCUCAUACUCGAAUGUCCAUUCUGGUUGUAAGCUCUUGGUCGUCGACGACACUCAGGGCAUGAUCGUCUCUGCACUCGCAGAGCGCAUGGGAGGCAAGGGAACUAUUCUUGGUCUGUAUGAUGGCGACAACCCUCACUACGACAUUGUCAAGUACAUGAACUUUAACCAAGAGACCCUCGACACUAUCAAGGUCCUUUCCUGGCUCCGCAUCCACCGCCCAGCCGAUGAGAAGACACCAGAUGAGAUGCAGGAUGUGACACAACUGACAGGAAAGGACCUGGAGGGAUACCACAGACGCCUGAAGGCGUACAACAUUGUGGAGGAAUCACGCAAGAUUCUCUUCGAAGGCAAUUUUGACGCCCUGAUUGUCGCUUCGCAGUACCAGCCAGAAUCAAUUCUCGAAAAGCUGUUGCCUUACGUUGCUGGAUCAAGACCCGUCAUUGUCUACCACGGCACCAAGGAGGCACUUUUGGAGACCAGCACCUGGAUGAGGAGAUGUCCCGAUCUUUUGGCCCCUCAACUCACCGAGAGCUGGCUCAGGAAAUCACAGGUCUUGCCUGGCCGCACACAUCCCGAGAUGUCGACCUGGGGUACAGGAGGAUCUCUCUUGACCGCCACCAAGGUGAUCGAUCAGCCUGUCCAAGCCGCCUUGACCAAGCGUGAGCGUCUCGCCAUGGAAAAGAAGAAUGCCGAGGCCAAAAAGUUGAAGCGUGCACGCGAGGAGGCUGAGAGCGCCACCUCCUCACCUGCCCCUGUUGCUGCUGCUGCCGCUGUAGGAGACAUCGCCGAUGAGGCGGUUGAGGGAGUGGAAGAGGGAACCACCACUGCAACUACGACUGAUGGUGGUCAUGAAAGUCGGUCUAUCAAGCGCGCUAAGCAAGAAUAG